UGAACCAAACUAAAUUACACUAAGGAAAGCAAAAAAUCACACUCACAAUAAUGUUUAUCCACACCCUCUUUAUCCUCUCCCUCCUUUUCGCCUCCUCCCACGCCUUAGAUUUCUGCGUGGGCGACCUCUCCCUUCCGCCGGGGCCGGCGGGCUACCCCUGCAAGAAAUCCACAUCGGUGACCGAAAACGACUUCGUUUAUUCCGGCCUAGCCGCCGCCGGGAACACCACGAACAUCAUCAAGGCCGCCGUGACCCCGGCCUUCGACGCCCAAUUCCCUGGCGUGAACGGGCUCGGGCUGUCCGUGGCCCGCCUCGACAUGGCCGUCGGCGGCGUGAUUCCGCUCCACACCCACCCCGGCGGCUCGGAGAUCCUCGUCGUCACCGAAGGCACCGUGGCGGCCGGAUUCGUGUCGUCGUUCGAUAAUAAGGUGUACUAUUUCAAGACACUUAAGGUAGGGGACGUCAUGGUUUUCCCACAAGGAUUGUUGCACUUCCAAAUAAACGCCGGGAAAACCAAAGCCACGGCUUUUGUGUUCUUCAGUACCCAAAACCCAGGCCUCCAAAUCACAACCUUCGCGUUGUUUAAGAAUGAUUUGCCGACAGAGAUCGUGGAAACCGUCACUUUCCUGGACGAGGCUCAAAUCAAGAAGCUCAAGGGUGUCCUCGGCGGCACCAAUUAAUCUCAGUUUCUUAAUUAGAUCGAACAAAUUAUUCUGUUCUGGCCGUGCAUGCCCACGCGCGGUUAUGUCUUUCAUUCAUUUGCAGUGUAGUGUUUAAUUUCCUUCUUUAAUUUGUGUAUUUUGUUGAGAGUCCAAUUUGUUUGAAUUGGCAUGCAAUGGGAUGUAUUGUUCUUUUCUACCAAGUUGUAUUGCCUUAUUAUAUUUUCAAGCUUUUGGGAGAGGAGUGCAAUAAUAGUUCCAAUCUUGAAUCACUA